AGUGGACGUGUACACCAACCAAACGUACCCAGCGUUGGCUCACUCAUCCAUAUAACAAUUUCGGAUUUGAAGGCUCCAAGUGUUUCAAGAGCUCUUUCAUGUUACGAAAUGCUAGGAAACAAGGCCAGCGCCAAGAAGGCCAGCAAGUUCGAAGACUCGGGCAGUCGCAUGUCAAGACCCAGAGCGGUCUCAGAGCUGCCGCAGCGGCCGUCGCCGCGUCUCCAUGCGGUGGCGGGCUCGGAGGCAGGCGGCGGCGUGCAGCGCCGCGCUCUCGGCGUCCGUGGGACUGCGCCGCGCAGCCCGUUGCACGAGAAGAAGCUCGCCGGUGCUGGCGCUGGAUCACGGGUGGCGGAGGUUACGGAGAUGCGGGAGCGGCUCGCGGCGGACGAGAAGGCCAGGAAGGACGCGCGUGCCGCGCUCGUCGAGGCCAAGAAGCGCUUCGCCACAAAGAAGAGGGACGACGUCGCCACUUCGGCGCCGGUCGAACUCGAUGAUGGCAAGGUGCCGGUAACAUCCGAAGCUGCUGAUGUCGCGGUUGGUGCCAACGGGGAUAAAGGCGGCAUGAACUCGUCGGCCACCGAUGCUCAUGACGCUGUUGUGCCGGAAGGGUCGGGGAACAACCAGGGCCUGGUCGUCGAGGAGGCCAAGAAGACUGGUGAUGAUGAUGAUGAGGUGGGCCAUACCGUCGCAAACGGUGAUGGCGAGAAGCGGAACCCGGAGGUCCACGAGCUGAGGGCGAAGCUGAUGGCGAAGGACAUGGAGGUUUACGAGCUGAGGGCGAAGCUGAUGGUGAUGGACGCAGAGAUCGACGAGCUGAGGGGGACGCUGACGGCGAAGAACACGGAGCUCGACGAGCUGAGGGCGAAGCUGGCGUCAAAAGACAUGGAGGUCAACACGGUGACGGCGAAUCUGAUGGCCAAGGACGCGGAGAUCGCCGCGCUCGAGGCCGACAACGCCGACCUCACGAAGAUGACCGAGGAGUCCUCCGAGGUCGCGAAGGCGACGGCCACGAGGGCGAGGGAAACGGAGCACGCGCUGCGGGAGAGCGCGGCGAGGGAGGCCCGGCUCACCGAGCUGCUCAGGGCGUCGGAGCGCGACCGGGAGGCUCUGGAGGUCGAGGCGCAGCGCUCCCACGUGCAGAGCGAGCAGUGGCGCAAGGCGGCCGAGGAGGCCGCCGUUGUGCUCGGCGGCGGCGUGGACCGCUCCGCCGGUGUGCUGUCGGGCGCCGCGGGGACCAGCUCGGAAAAGCGGCGCCACAGCUCGGCCGAGAGCACGGCGGCUAAGGACGCGGACUACGAGGGCUCCAGUGGGAAGCGCAAGGCCGGCGGCGCAAUGCGGACGCUAAGCGACCUGUGGAAGAAGAAGGCGCAGAAGUGACCAAAAGGCGGUGGACGCGAUCGUACAGCGUGCAUGUGAAUUUACUCUCUUCUACCGAUUUACGGCUCAUCUUAAUUUACUAUUUAUGUUGUCUGAUUAAGGUAAGUUGGUGAACCCAAAUAAAAUUGUGUUGCAUGUAUUUCUCGUGUGUCACUGGCUUGCUGCACGCUGUUGCAGCGCUACUAGUAAAUUAUGCGAGAAGGAACA